UGCUAAGAAAAAUUUCUUGGGUUUGUUUGGCUGCGGUACUAUUCACUCAUGCCUUAAAAACACUGCACAGAAACUGGGAUUGGGAGUCAGAGUACACAUUGUUUAUGUCAGCUUUAAAGGUAAAUAAGAACAAUGCAAAACUAUGGAACAAUGUGGGCCAUGCCUUAGAAAAUGAAAAGAAUUUUGAAAGAGCUCUGCAGUUCUUUAUACAAGCCACACAAGUGCAACCAGAUGAUAUUGGUGCCCACAUGAACGUAGGAAGAACUUACAAAAACUUAAACAAAACUAAAGAGGCCGAAGAAUCAUAUAUGAUUGCUAAAUCAUUGAUGCCACAGAUUAUUCCAGGUAAGAAGUAUGCAGCAAGAGUUGCUCCUAACCAUCUGAAUGUUUAUAUCAAUCUUGCAAACUUAAUUCGAGCGAAUGAAUCUCGUCUUGAAGAAGCAGAUCAAUUAUAUCGACAAGCAAUUAGUAUGAGGCCAGAUUUCAAGCAGGCUUAUAUCAGCAGGGGAGAAUUACUUUUAAAAAUGAACAAACCUCUGAAAGCUAAAGAAGCUUAUCUUAGAGCUCUAGAACUAGACAGAACCAAUGCAGACCUGUGGUACAACUUGGCAAUUGUUUACAUUGAACUGAAAGAUCCAACAGAAGCCCUGAAGAAUUUCAACCAAGCACUAGAACUCAACCCAACACAUAAACUGGCAUUAUUCAACUCAGCGCUGCUGAUGCAGGAAUCUGGUGAUGCUCGGCUUAGACCUGAAGCUAAACAAAGGCUGUUACAUUAUGUGAAAGAAGAACCACAGGAUGCAAAUGGGUACUUCAAUUUGGGUAUGCUGGCAAUGGAUGACAAAAAAGAUAUAGAAGCAGAGGCAUGGAUGAAGAAAGCCAUAAGGUUACAGCCAAACUUCCGAAGUGCUUUGUUCAAUUUGGCACUGCUUUAUUCUCAGACAGCAAAAGAGUUGAUGGCUUUGCCCAUCCUGGAAGACCUACUGAGACACUACCCUGAUCAUACCAAAGGUCUGAUUUUGAAAGGAGAUAUCCUUAUGAACCAAAAGAAGGAUAUCGUUGGAGCAAAAAAGUGUUUUGAAAAAAUUUUGGAACUGGAUCCCAACAAUGUACAAGGAAAACAUAAUCUCUGUGUGGUUUACUUUGAAGAACGAGAUUUAAUAAAAGCAGAAAAAUGUUUGGUUGAAACACUAGCACUGGCACCUCAUGAAGAGUAUAUUCAGCGUCAUCUAAACAUAGUUAGAAGUAAAAUUGCAUCACUCAGUGCUGCGGAACAGUCAUCACUUCCAGCAGAUGGGACUGCAACUACAGUUGCAGAAGAAAAAAAAAAAUCAUUUCAAAAUCUGAAAGAUGUGAAAAAUGAGCAGGAGACCACCCAAUCGACAGUUGAUAACAAUAAAGGGCACUCAAAAAAUAAGAAACGAACAGAGAAAAACAAUAUGGACAAAGAGACUCCCAAAAAAUCUACAAAAGAAAUCAAAGACAUUGAGAAAAAGAGAGUUGCUGCUUUGAAAAGACUAGAAGAGAUUGAACGUAUAUUAAAUGGUGAAUAG